GGCACCGCUGCGCCUCCUCGCGCCCCCGCGACGCGCUUCCGGCGCCUUUCCCCUUCCCUGCGCUCCCACAGUGCUGCGCUCCUGCGCUCGGUGCCUGCGGCUGGGACAUGGCGGACACAAUGAAUAGGAGGCGACUCGCUGUGGCCUGAACCCGGCCCGAGCGCGGGUGCUGCCAGCCGCUCUCCUCCCACCUCCAGGCGUGGCGCAGGCGCUGCGGCGGGCGCCCCUCUCCAGGCCGCGCCAGGUGGUUCUUCCCCCGCCGCUGGCCCGGGGCCCGUCCCGGCCUCCUCUCGCUCCCAGGAAUCCCGCGGAGCCGCCGCUGGGCCCUGCCCGCCCCGGCCGCUCCCCUCCGCGCGCGGCAGCGGGAUGAAGCUGACGGACAACGUGCUGCGGAGCUUCCGCGUGGCCAAGGUCUUCCGUGAGAACUCGGACAAGAUCAACUGCUUCGACUUCAGCCCCAAUGGCGAGACCGUCAUCUCCAGCAGUGACGACGACUCCAUCGUGCUCUAUGACUGCCAGGAGGGCAAACCAAAGAGAACGCUGUACAGUAAAAAGUAUGGAGUGGACCUCAUCAGGUACACACAUGCAGCCAACACUGUGGUGUACAGCUCCAACAAAAUAGAUGAUACAAUCCGAUACCUCUCACUGCAUGACAAUAAAUACAUCCGAUAUUUCCCUGGGCAUACAAAGAGAGUGGUUGCUCUCUCCAUGUCUCCAGUGGAUGAUACUUUUAUUUCUGGAUCACUUGAUAAGACCAUCCGGCUUUGGGAUCUCCGGUCUCCAAACUGUCAGGGUUUAAUGCAUCUUCAGGGGAAGCCUGUGUGCUCCUUUGAUCCAGAAGGGUUGAUUUUUGCUGCGGGAGUCAAUUCUGAAAUGGUAAAGCUUUAUGAUCUUCGUUCUUUUGACAAGGGUCCAUUUGCAACAUUUAAGAUGCAAUAUGAUCGAACCUGUGAGUGGACAGGUUUGAAGUUCAGUAAUGAUGGCAAACUUAUCCUCAUAUCAACCAAUGGUGGAUUCAUUCGACUGAUUGAUGCCUUCAAAGGAGCUGUACUGCAUACAUUUGGGGGGUAUAACAACAGUAAGGCUGUCACACUGGAGGCAUCAUUUACACCAGACUCCCAGUUCAUCAUGAUUGGUUCUGAGGAUGGAAAGAUCCAUGUCUGGAAUGGGGAGAGUGGGAUGAAGGUGGCUGUAUUGGAUGGUAAACACACAGGUCCUAUAACCUGUCUGCAAUUCAAUCCUAAAUUCAUGACCUUUGCCAGUGCAUGUUCCAAUAUGGCAUUUUGGUUGCCAACCAUAGAUGACUAAUUCUGAAAUGAGAACCGCCAUUGUGUGAUUUUCAUACUGUAAAUUGCCUCAUAUUCUUGAAGAGAUAGUAUUGGAAUUGCCUUGUUCUCCUGGACUUUUCGUGUUUGUCUUGAAACUUUUCAAUUGCUGCAUUGCUUCACAAGGACCCCCUCCAUUUUGACCUUCUGCAGUCUGAUUAUACCAUAUUCAGAAGCUGUGUGAAACACCUUAUGUCCCUGCUUUCCAACUAUUGCUCAGCAGGUUUAAGUUGAACCUGUAACUGACACAGCGUUACUUUUGAGCAAGUGAGAGUGGAACAAUGGAAUCUAAUUUGUGAAAGGUUUGCUGCAGUCUUUAAGGCAUAAUAGUGUGUUCUCUUUUUUUCCUGUAAACACACAAGGUUAUUGAUGUUCUGGGGUGGGACGUCCAUUACCAUCUUGCACUGCAUGUUUUAUAAUAUGUGAAAUCUCUACAGUAUCGCCCAAAACUUUUGUGCCAAACGCAAACAGACUCUCAGUUUUUUAAACUCAAACGUUAAUGCAGAGUGCUUUUUGUUAUCAAACACUUGUCCAGUAGAAGUGCAUGUCUGCGUGUAUGCAUCACUGCACCCAUCACCAUGUUAUGGUGCUCUAGUGUCUGGCAAACCAUAAAGGUUUUGCCCACUGGCAGAGAGAGCCUGAAGCUUCCUUUCUGCCUUGUUCAUAAUCCAGGGCUCUCAGAGUAUUGAAGAGUGUCCCAAGCAAUAAAGAAAGCUGUCACCAGGAAGAUGAUGAAACAGUAGUUUUCUCUUGCAUCAUCUUCCUGUAUCAUGCUGGUUGAUCUUAUUUGUAAAUAUUGGGGGGCGGGGGGGGGGGUGUCAUAUUUUUUUACUUAUAGAUAUUAGAGUAUGAUGUGGGCCGGUGUUGUGGAUUGAGUCCAGGCUCUUUAACCUUUCUUGUUGAACCUUUGCAGUUUUCUCCUCCAGUUCUGUAAAUAAACUCCAUUAAAUUCUCCCCCAAACAAGGACCCAGUCCUGCAUCCCUUUUAUUAAUAAACUUUCCACAGAAGUGUUUAUUCUA